UGCCGAUCCUCCGUUUUUCCCGAGUCUCAUCUCUCUUUCUCUCUUCUACUUCUUCUUCGUCUUUCUUCUCCUUUUUAACCAGAUGCUCGGUUGAUCCAGCAUCCUGCUGGCGUGUGCUCGGGCACAGCAUUCCAUUUUCCCGAUUUUUUAAUCCACACCACACGUUAUUCGACGAUGCGUUUGAAAAACCGAUAAUUUUCAUUCACCUCACAAAUUUUACUAUAAAAUAUUAUCCGCCAAAGGUAGUGCAUUAAAAUGCAAUUUUCUUGAAUCAAAUUCAUUUGACUGGUCGCCAUUAUUUAUCCAGUUUUUUCCAAUAACAUGAUUUUUUCAUUUUCCGAAAACAAAGAACUUCGCAUUGGCUUCUUCUAAAAACCAGCCGAUCAAAAACUGCGUUGCACAGAUCUUUUGUUUUUCAUUAUAAAAGAACCCGCCGUGAGAGAUUUCUGCGUAAAUGAGAUAAGCUUUCCUUAAAAUUGAGUUUCCAGUAUUUUUGUGAAAAUUGAAAUGAGGCAUUGAAUAACCGUAAAUAAAACAUUUUCACGAAUAAGCGGAGUCGCACUUCGUAUAUUGUCAUACGCGGCACAUACUUAAGGAGAUGUAAAUAAUUAUAUUUUUUACUAAAUUGUGUGUGAAAUCGAAGUUUGCUGAAAACCAAUUGAGGUUUCAUUACUUUGCUGGGCACGAGAUAUCCUGAAUUUGAUAAUCUUUUGUACGUUCAUCCGCUCUGCAGCGGUCUUUGAGUGGAAAAUUUUAUAAGAAAACUCGUCUUUAUUAACACUGACCAUUUUUUUUAUCUUUUCCGUUGCAUCUAUUUUUCCACUUACCAUCGAUCGAUAAAGAAAAUACCUUACACACCGUGUCAUUGUUUUCCCGCCAUUUCAUCAGUGUCAGCAGUCAGCUGGCUGAAUGUUACAGUCUCAAUACCAGCGUUGAUUGUUAUUUAUAUGCACAUUCGUAGUAUUACAGUUUUCGAGCAUUUUUUAUCUUUGCGUCAGUAGUACGAGUUAAAGCAGCGAAUUUACUUCGAAUAAAUAAACUUAUUUGAAAAAUCUAACGCGCUUUUUUUUUAUAAACAUGGUGCAAAUAUCACUGAUGGAUUCAUAUUUGGAGACCGUCGCCGGCUACGUCCUCGAUGAGGACAAAUUAGUGACGUAUAAAUGGCUGAGCAAAGAGCUGGAAGUCCAUGUAAAUGUAGCAAAAGUAAUACUGUGGAAUUACUGGGAAAAAAACAAGGACAAAAAUCUCGUAGCGACUUUCAUGCUAAUAGGAUAUUUGAAGAGCGGCGGUAUGAGAGUCGAAGUUGUCAAAGACACGGAUCUGGCUAAAGCGAAAGAUAAAUUUGAGAAAAUCAUUUCGGAGCAUAUUUAUAGCUUGCAGAAAACAUUGACCAGCAUUGAAUUACUGGCUUCCGCUGGCGAGGGUGAUUCCAGAUUCAGUGCUAUCAAGUGCAUAGAAAACUCUUUAUUGAGCGAGGAAGAACUGAUGAAAAUGAGAUGGGGGGAAGCUUCCGAAACUGUGAACACUGCGAAGGAUAAGAAGAAUACUGUGGAUGAGAAGAAAAGUGCUCCGGUAGAGAAAAAAAGUAUAUUUGAUAAGAAAAAAAGUGCUUCCACUGAGAAAACGAAGGUUCCUGUAGUGGAAAAGAAUUCGGUAGAGAAGAAAGCCCCUGUUGCUGCUUCUAAAAAGGAGGAGGAAACCUCCAUGGACAUCGACGAAGAAGCUAGCAAGACAAAGACGAAAGACGAAGAGAAGCCGGUGAAGAAAGUUUCCCCGAGUGAGAAAACAAAGGGAGAAAAAAAAGGAUCGACCGCUAAAAAACCGGUGCAAUCGACGAAAACAGGAUUUGGAAAUCUUUUUGGAAAAGUCAUAAAUCAGCAGAAGACACAGAACAACUCGUCGGCAAGAAAAAAUGUUGAGGCUGAGAAAUCCAAAGAUUUGCCAGCUGAAAAAUCUUCUCCGACGAAAGAAGUAAAACCAGAGAAGAUUGAAGAUAAAAAAGAAGAGAAACCAUCGAGUUUGCUGGCUGAGGAUACUGAAAAAGAAGAGAAAAAAAAGACUCUGAACUCCGCGAAAAAUUGCGAAAAGAAAAUGCCUGCUGCGAAAAAACAACCGACAGGAAAGAAAAAACAAAAAACAAUUCGAGGAACGAAACGAGAGAGGAGCGGAGAAGAUUCGGGUAGUGAAAAGAAAAAAAGAAAACGAAUCGUCGUGGCGUCAGAUUCGAGCGAAGAUUCGGCGGGUCCGAGCGACGAGGAAGACAUGUUUGUCUCGCCGCCCGACGAAGAAGCUCCAAAUGUCAAAGAAAGAUCCCCGAGCCCACCGCUCACAAAGCAAGAAGGUAACAAACGAAAAGUCCGGAAAAUGGUUGAUACCACAUUCGUCGACGACCGUGGUUACUUGAUAACUAAAAAAAAGUACGUUUACGAGACAUGCUCGGAGGAGGAGGAACCGGAAAUCGAGCAACCCAAAAAGAAACCGGAACCGGAAGUGCCUGAAGAAACUAAAACCACCGUCAAAAAGAAGCAAACGACUUUGAUGAAUUUUUUCAAAAAAGCUUAAAAAUUUUGCCUUUUAAAUGAGAACUGCAUCGGCAUUGCAGAUUCAACAAUAACUUGCUUGAUCAUCGUCAUGAAAUAAUUUUAGUUUACACUUUUUUUUUUAUUGGAAUAAAUUAAUGAUUUUUCGGUCGAAUAAAUCACCAGUCUUUUUUUAUAUCAAGCUCGUAAAGUUACGAGCUUGAUAUAACGAGCUUGAUAUCGAUGAAUUUGCCAAUAUCGGUGAACAGAACAAAAUGUUAUUGUUGCAAAGCAUUUGCGAUAGAAUAAAUCUAAAAUUGUUCAAGGUUUUUUCUCAAGUUUUGUACGCACAUUCAUUGAUUAUUAUCCAUCAGGAAAACGCACAACAGUUUUAUGGAAAAAAAAAACAUUUAUGGAGUACCCCAGAGG